GUGCCAAAAAUUUGUAUGUCAUCGCAGUUCAAGGUAUUAAAGGCAGGCUAAAUCGUUUGCCAGCUGCAGGAUCAGGCGAUAUGAUAGUUGCUACUGUCAAAAAGGGAAAACCUGAACUUAGGAAAAAGGUUAUGCCUGCAGUCAUAAUACGGCAACGAAAACCGUUUAGAAGGAAGGACGGUGUUUUUAUAUAUUUUGAAGACAAUGCAGGAGUCAUUGUCAAUAAUAAGGGAGAAAUGAAAGGGUCAGCUAUUACAGGACCCGUUGCAAAAGAAUGUGCAGAUUUGUGGCCGAGAAUAGCAUCCAAUGCCAGCAGUAUCGCGUAAACAUUCUGUAGAAACUAUUGCCCUUUAAUAAAAUAAAUUUGAGUAUUUUCUUGUCA